UAUCGAGAGAGGAGGAGAGGACCGAGAGACAUACUGUCCUCCUGCCGACACUUCAUAGACACAGCCGUAUAUCAACACGGGACUGUUGAGGAUAUUUAGUCUAUCGCUUUUACUAUGCCCGUCAGUGUCGGGCUGUGAGGAGGACUUGUCCCAGGGUUAGCUUCCUAGCUACUUACUCCGGCUACAUGGCCAGCUAGCACAGUAAAGCUAACCACCGUUAGCUUCUGGCUUAUUCUCAUCACCCAGACCCGGCGAAGUGAAGAGCCGAGGAGGGGAAUGGCAAGAGUUUGCUCGGAAAGCCCUUUCAGAAGAAACAACGACUAACCAGACUAAACCAGCCCAGAUUUCUCCAGUUUUUUAAAUCAGCGGUUGUUGGUGUUACUAUAAUCCCCACCAUGGUGCAGAAGUACCAGUCACCUGUGCGGGUGUAUAAGCAUCCCUUUGAGCUGGUGAUGGCGGCCUAUGAGCGCCGGUUCCCUACCUGUCACCUAAUUCCCAUGUUUGUGGCGAGCGACGUGGUAGAAGAGGAGACCAAUGAAGACGGUUCCAUCAACAGGGUUGAGCGACGCUGUGCCCUGGAUGUUGACGCCCCGCGCCUGCUCAAAAGGAUUGCGGGUGUGGACUAUGUCUACUUCAUCCAGAAAAACACGCUGAACCGAAAGGAGAGGACACUUCACAUCGAGUCCCAUAAUGAGACCUUCUCCAACAGGGUCAUCAUCCAUGAGACGUGCUGCUAUUCGGUUCACCCGGAGAAUGAGGACUGGACGUGUUUUGAGCAGACUGCCAGCCUGGACAUCAAGUCCUUCUUCGGCUUUGAGAGUACUGUGGAAAAGAUUGCUAUGAAGCAGUACGCCAGCAGUAUCAAAAAGGGAAAAGAAAUCAUAGAAUUCUACCUUAAGGAGCUCCAAGAUGAAGGGAUCACCCAUGUACCUCGUUGGACUCCCUCCUCCCAUCCCCUGCCUCUUCCCAGACCAACCAGCCUCUCCACCAGCCCACCUGUCCUCCCCAAACUCACGGUCACGCCCGCCGUUUCUAUCCCGCUGCCCUCCGACAACAAGGACAGCACUUCUCAGGACGCUAAGCAGGACAGCAGCGCACUUCAGGCAGAUAGCCUAACAGAGAUCUUGGCGGGGACACCUGAAGAUAAGUUGGAUGCAGACUAUAUCAAGCGUUACCUAGGCGACCUGACCCCCCUGCAAGAGAGUUGCCUGAUCAGACUUCGCAAAUGGCUGCAGGAGACGCACAAGGGAAAGAUCCCCAAGGACGAGCACAUACUGCGUUUCUUGCGUGCCAGGGACUUCAACAUGGAUAAGGCACGGGAGAUCCUUUGCCAGUCACUGACCUGGAGGAAGCAGCACCAGGUUGACUACCUACUGGAGACCUGGACCUCACCACAGGUCCUUCAGGACUACUACACCGGGGGCUGGCACCACCAUGACAGAGAUGGACGUCCUCUGUACAUCCUGAGGCUGGGCCAGAUGGACACCAAAGGGCUGGUCCGUGCUCUCGGAGAGGAGUCUCUGCUCAGACAUGUGCUGUCUAUCAAUGAGGAGGGUCUGCGACGCUGUGAGGAGAACACCAAGGUGUUUGGUCGACCCAUCAGCUGUUGGACGUGUCUGGUAGAUCUGGAGGGGCUGAACAUGCGUCACCUGUGGCGACCAGGAGUCAAGGCGCUGCUGAGGAUCAUUGAGGUCGUGGAGGCCAACUACCCAGAGACUCUGGGACGGCUGCUUAUCUUAAGAGCUCCCAGGGUUUUCCCUGUCCUCUGGACACUGGUGAGUCCAUUCAUUGAUGAAAACACCCGCAAGAAGUUCCUCAUAUAUGCAGGCAAUGACUACCAAGGUCCUGGAGGGCUGGUAGACUACAUAGACAAGGAGAUCAUCCCUGACUUCCUAGCAGGAGAGUGUAUGUGUGAGGUGCCAGAGGGUGGCCUGGUUCCCAAGUCGAUGUACCGCACAGCUGAGGAGCUCGAGAACGAAGAUAUCCGCUUGUGGACCGAGACAAUCUACCAAAGUGCCAGCAUCUUCAAGGGAGCUCCGCACGAGCUUCUGAUCGAGAUCAUCGAUGCCUCCUCAGUCAUCACCUGGGACUUUGACAUGUGCAAAGGCGAUGUGGUUUUCAACAUCUACCACUCCAAACGGGCCCCUCAGCCUCCACGUAAAGACCCCCUUGGAGCCCACGGCAUCACCUCCCCAGUAGGCAACAACGUCCAGCUUAUCGACAAGUCAUGGACACUAGGGCAAGAUUACAGCAUGGUGGAGUCCCCGCUGAUCUGCAAGGAGGGCGAGAGUGUGCAGGGCUCCCACAUUACACGUUGGCCAGGUUUCUACAUCCUCCAGUGGAAGUUCCACAACAUGCCAGCAUGCUCUGCAACCAACCUGCCCCGAGUGGACGAUGUACUGGCCACCCUGCAGGUCUCCUCGCACAAGUGCAAAGUCAUGUACUACACUGAGGUUUUGGGCUCUGAAGACUUCAGGGGUUCGAUGACCAGCCUGGAGUCGAGCCACAGCGGCUUCUCUCAGCUCAGCGCCGCCACCACCUCCUCCAGCCAAUCACAGUCCAGCUCCAUGAUCUCUAGGUAGAAACUGGGAGCUGAGGACGUCAAUCCCCACAGUCCGCCACCCCCCACCCCCCACGCCCCACUACCCUUCCCAUCAACACUGAAGCCAACUCUCCUUCUGCCCUUCCUUGUUGUCUUUGAACUCUGUUCCUAUUGCACAGCCAGUCUCUUGGGAACUGAAGCAUGCUUGCACAAACAGAAGACAAAGAAUAAAAAAAAAUAUCUGAGGCAAAAAGAUAAAAACAGACUGUGUACACAAUUUAAAGGGCUGAUUUUUGCACAAAGGUCAUAUAUUUUUUUGUGCCUGGCAUCUCUGCCGGGCAGCAGUUUGAAUCAGAACAUUAGCGAAUGUUUGUUUGUGUGGAGAGGUUAAAGGUCAGGAGGUGAAUUGCGGUGCCUUUGUGGCACCAGAAGCUGCAAAAAGCAAUAUCCUCAUCCUUGGAGCUAUGGGACCGGAUGAAGACACUGGAGGCGCUGUUACAUAUAUGCAUUUACAUCUACAUAUACAGUACUGAGACGAUGCAUACCUCAUUCAUGUGCACUCUCUGAAAAACUGGAUGUGCUGUUACGUACAAACACCAACACAAAUGCACAUAUGGAUGUUUAAUUACAUGCAAAAAUUUACAGUGUUUGCCAUAUUACCAGAGAGGAUUGUUCAAUCUGGUGAAUUGUUUAUAGGUCAAGUGUGGGUGGGCAGGGUAAACUCUGAACUGGACCUGGGUCAAAGAUUACCUGCAGAUAAUUUGUUUUUAAAUCGACAUGGAACUACGGAGUGGGUGGAGCUUACUGAAUCACGACAGUGCAGAUAAUGUCAGCAAAGCUGCCAGUUCACGGGAAAAUAACAUUCACAUAUUUUCCAGAGGCUGUGUGAGCUUUCUGUCAUUCAUUUUAUUGUCUUAUGUGGCAAACCCCACCCCUCCACCUCUCGAGGGCUUUAUCACACCUUGACAAGCAUUUGAAUAUUUGACCUGGGUCUGACUCUUGGCGAACUAAAUCCGCUAGAAGCAAUAACACGAGUUUGACUUUCUACUGUGUGAAAUAUUUCUAUUUAUCAUUAAGAUGUAUGUGGACGAUCAUGGGUGCUGAUUGCAGAUGAGUUUUUUUUUGUUGUAAGCUGUGUACAGGCAGACAGACGGGCAAACUGAGCCAGUAAACAACAAAGUUCCUUGGCGCCACUUCUAGUCUCCGUUUACCAUUCUGUCAGGAGAGAAACAAAAAUAACUCAGAUUUUCUCCUGAGCACUUUUUUUUUUUUUUUUUUUU